GGCCUGGGGACUCGCAGUCCUAGAGGAGCCCUUCCCAAAGCGCCUCCCCGCAGAGAACUGGGCUCAGCCAAUGAGAACCUGUGCGUCUGGGAUAAUGAGAUGCCGCGGCCGCAACUGAACCAAUCCAAAUCCAGGAGCUACCCCGAGGAGAUGAUGGGAGGGGAAGGCAGGGAGGAGAAGGGCGAUGGAAAGAGGGAAAGAUCAAACAAGUUUCUCACCUUGGGAAGCAAGGGACGCUUCCCUCUACUCUGCAUCGCUCCUCCUUCCAACGAAGGAGGAAAGUCCCAAGCCACUUUCUCCGCAUUUUAGGCUUCUCUUGUACAGAAAGCGACAGCCCUUGAUUCUAUUUUAUCUUGGGGAUGAUUGAAGGGUUCAUUGACAGCUUUGUCGUUCUGAACUGAGCUCAGGCUUCGUGGGGCUCACUGGAAAGGAGAGGGUCGGCGGACCGUGAGUGAGCCCUGGAGGACUCGAUGCGGGGGCCAUGGAUAGAGCGGCUCUCCCGGGACUGCCUCGCCUCUGCGUCCUGUGGGCAACUCUGCUCGCCCUGUUCCCCUGCGGCGUGCACGGAAACUGGAUGUGGCUGGGCAUCGCCUCCUUUGGUGUUCCAGAGAAAUUAGGCUGUGCCAACUUGCCUCUGAGCAGCCGACAGAAGGAACUGUGCAAAAGGAAACCUUAUCUGCUGCCUAGCAUCCGAGAAGGGGCACGACUGGGCAUCCAAGAGUGCAAGAGCCAGUUCAAACAUGAAAGAUGGAACUGCCAAGUGUCCUCGCCAGCCGUCUCUAUCUUUGCCCCAUCAGUCGCCGCACCUCCUGCAGCCUCUCCUGGAGCUGCCCCCCUCUUCGGUUAUGAGCUGAGCAGCGGCACCAAAGAAACAGCAUUCAUUUAUGCAGUGAUGGCAGCAGGUCUGGUACAUUCUGUGACAAGAUCAUGCAGUGCAGGGAACAUGACAGAAUGUUCCUGUGACACCAACUUGCAGAAUGGUGGCUCAGCUACUGAAGGCUGGCAUUGGGGUGGCUGUUCUGAUGACAUCCAGUAUGGCAUGUGGUUUAGUAGAAGGUUCCUGGACGUCCCCACCAGAAACACCACUGGAAAAGAUGGGAAAUUGUUAGCAAUGAAUCUACAUAAUAAUGAAGCUGGGAGACAGGCAGUCGCCAAAUUGAUGUCAGUGGACUGCCGCUGCCACGGAGUUUCAGGUUCCUGUGCUGUGAAAACUUGCUGGAAAACCAUGUCUUCCUUCGAGAAGAUCGGUCACUUUCUAAAAGAGAAGUACGAAAACAGCGUGCAGCUCUCGGAUAAAGUGAAAAGAAAGAUGCGCAGGAGAGAAAAAGACCCGAGGAAGAUAGCAGUGCGCAAGGAUGAUCUCCUUUACAUUAACAAGUCACCCAAUUACUGCGUGGAGGACCGAAAGCUGGGCAUCCCGGGGACGCAGGGCAGAGAAUGCAACCGCACUUCGGAAGGAGCAGACGGGUGUAACCUCCUCUGCUGUGGGAGGGGCUAUAACACCCACGUCGUCAGGCACGUGGAGAGGUGUGAAUGCAAAUUUGUCUGGUGUUGUUACGUUCGCUGCAGGAGGUGUGAGAGCAUGGCUGAUGUCCAUACUUGCAAAUGAUCUGGGUUCCACCGAGUAGCAUCCAAAGCUCGCGAUGAUAUAGACGACCAAAGCAUAUCUGACUUGGUAUAUUUUUUUCGGAAAGGGAAAUGUUAAUGAAGUUGAUCAGGUCCCUCACCAGGUAUGGAUUUUAGUCUCUUAACAUUUUCUUCUGAUUAAAACAAGUUCACACUUCUUUGACAUGGAUUUCCCUGGAUUCCCAAAGGUUCGAUUCAAUUCAAUCCAGCAAAAUUUAUUAGACACCUGCCCUGUGCAGAUGUAGGUUUGGGCCCAUGUCUUUGUUUGGAUGCCUUUGGGGUAGGGGACAACAUACAAGAAAAAAAGUGAUUAAAGAGAAAUCUCUGGAGAGAAAAAGAUCCAUGGGCCUGCCAGUUCACGAGGAGACACCCGACCUAUACUUGGUAUAAUUUGCUUAAAUGUGAAUUUGAUCAAGCAUAUAUAACAAUUAUUAUUUUAAAGAAUGUUACUUUCAGCAUCAAGGAGCACUUAAAAAAGGGUGUUAUCACAUUUGUCAGUAUUUUUAAAGAUUUUGCAAAGAAAGCUUGUUCCUGAGAAGUGAAACUGUAAAUAAGUUCACAGGAGAGGCAUUGAUGCUCCUUCCUUUCAUCUACUUCUGAAGAGGGACAACUUACCAAAAGUAUUAGGGAAAGAUACAAUAUCUAUUAAAAUAUGGUACCUUUUAAAGAUAGCUGGAAACAAAGGGAAUGGAAAUCUAUUUUUUUAAGCUAUAAAGUUUGAAUUUUAAUGUACCUUUGGAUUAUCAAAAAAAUCAAUAAAUGUUAUCCUGAUUACUGGCCACUAGAUGCAGAAAUGAAAAGAGCUUAAGUUAUGUGAUUCUGUUGAGAAGAAAAAUUCCUGAAAGUGUUAUAAAUCUGUGAAGAAAAGUUUAUUUGGAUGUUAAAAUAUUUUGAAAUGUAUGGAGUGACACUGUUUAAAUAUGUAAAGCCAGUAUUUUGUAUAGUAUUUUGAUAAGAAAUUUUUAUAUUUUGUAAAUAUAGUAUUUAAAUUAUAGGAAACAUAUGAAAUACUUAAGCCAUAACCUUUUUAAGAACUCAAAACUAAGGCAAUAAGACCAUCUUUGAAAUCUUUGCUUUUAUACAGUUGCAUAGUAGAAAUCCUUGACUUGUUUAUAUAGAAUAAGAAAAUUAUCUGAACAGAUAUAGGAAUGGUUUAAUCCUUAUGAGAAAGUCAGUUUUGUGUUAUAGCUUAUUUACAAGUUGUUGAGAAAAUAUAAUACCUGAAUAGUCAAUGCACACCAUUUUUAAUUGCUGCAUAAUGGAGAAUAACAAAAUAACAUGUUUAUUUUAGUCAUCUGGAAAAGAAACCUAAAAAUGACAGUACAAGGGCUAAUUCUGUGUAUGUCAUGGUGUUGUAUUUACUAUGUUGUACAGAAGUCUGUUUCAUUAUUUAAAUUUUGAUAAUUUUCCUACCUUUUAAGAUCAUACAUAAUACAUUUUAUAAACAUGGUUUAAAAAACCCAGGGCCAAAUAUUUUAAUGUACUUCAAUAUUUCUUUUAGUUUACUGGCAAAACAUUUAUAUUUAGAUGUUAUUUUUAAAUAGAUUUCUUAUGCACAAAGUAGAUAAGAAUAGAGUAUUUCCCAUAAUAUUCUAUUGAAUAUAUAAAACAAAUUUUUUAUCUUCAUUCAUUUUCUUUUUAAGCUUGACAGAGUAGAAUUGAGAUUUGUGAACAAUAGCAAACCCAUGAAAAAUAUCACAAGUCCAAUACUGAGUAAAGCUAAAAGUUUAACUGUGACCCUUAAGAAGUUCAAUAGCAGUGGUCAUGCCAGUUUUAGGGCUAAGAAAUGAUGGAGGAACCAGUCAAAUCGCCUGUCUGAAAGUGGUGCUGUUCUAGUUCUAGACAGGAAUUUGACUAGUAUAAUGAGACAUAAUUCACAAUUCUUUUCUGCUCUGAUGAAUAAGUAGAUAAAUGCAAUUCCCACAAUUCCCACUAUAACAUCAAAUUUCCCAUUAGCCCCUAUUUAUUCACUUUAUUACAGUCUUUCAAUGUAUUUCUCCUAUCUGCACUCAAAUGAGAUUAUAACUGAGAAAAGCAUAACAUGCAAAUGGUAAAAGGCAAAUGUCAGCACCAGAACGCAUUCCAAAUUGUAUGACUUCAUCUUUUCAAUAGUUUGAAAACUUAGCAUAACUCCAGAUUUCCUUUCAAUACUGUUAAGUGAUAUAAAACAUUAGGCAGCUAUUUUUUGGAAUAUAUACUACAUUAUUCACAUUUUUAAAACUAUGACUAAUUUUUCAAGUGUAUGUGACUUAUAUCUUAUGGCAAUUUAUCUGCAUUAGAUACCUAUGAUCCUGUUCAAAGCCUUUACAGUUGUGACUUGUUAUUACUAUAGCAAACAUUGGUAGGGGAAGAAUCAUUAUCUGAAGUAGAGGUGAUGUGUGCAGGAUGAACUGCAUUCAGGAAAUGGGGGGGGGGGCAUUGUUCUUCACAUCAAACCUCCAUUUAAAUAAUUUAUUUGUAGAUAAGGUGAUGAUUUCCAAAGGCACAAAUUGAUGUUAUCCAGAUGACCAAUGAAUUGAAUUAAAUGUCUGUGAACAAAAAAGCACUAUUUCUCCAGAAAUUAUGCAUGUCCUUUGAAGCUUUAAUAUUUUAUUACUUCACCAUUAGAUCCACUCACUGAAACUUACUAGAUAUCUUGUAAUUAAAACUUAAUUCAGCUACAUAAUAAACUAGCCUGAACUUGGAGCUAAUAUUAUUUUCUUGGCAGUGUAACUAUGGACACUGAGGUACCUGGAAUAUGAGUAAGGGGAGCUGAACUUGACAUAGCCCUCCCAAAUUCUAAGUGACAACUAUGACUGCUGUAGCCCUCAGAACUGUUUUUAGAUUUGGGAUGCUGUCUACAAACUGCAAUCCUUUUAGACUGAUUUUUUAAAAAUAUAUGUAUGUAUGUACGUAUGUAUAAAUAUGUACAUUUAUAUAUGUUGUUCAGCAAUAUCCAAUUCUUAAUAGCCCCAUUUGGGGUCUUACUGGCAAAGAUAUUGGAGUGGUUUGCCAUUUCCUUUUCCAGCUCAUUUUACAGGUGAAGAAACUGAGGCCUACAGGGUUCAGUGGCUUGCCCAAGGUUCCACAGCUAGUGUUUGAGGCCAUCUUUGAACUCAAAAAGAUUAUUCUUCCUAAUACCAGAUCCCACACUCUUAUCAACUACACCUCCUACCUUGGAAAAUUUAGGGUAUUCACAACAAAAGCAAUUAAAAUUCCAGUAUUGGGUUUUGUUUUGGUUUUGUUUUGGUUCUGCAAAUAAGUGGGUACAGGGAGAAGUGAGCAGGCAUUUUCCAGAAAGAAUGAAAAGUUAGUUUGAAAUCCUCCUUAGACAUAAACACAAUAUGAAAACUGCUAUUAUCUGAUAUUUUAAAAAAUUGUCCUCAAACAAUAAUUCAUGUAGAAAACCCUGGCUGUGAAAACUGCUUCUCCCAAUGUAACUUUUCCCUAAAUUACACAUGUAGAGUCCUCUAUAAGUACUGAAAAAUAGACAAAGCUGGUGUUGUCAUUAGCAAGAUUUAAACCCAGGCUUCCUGGAUUCUAUUGUCAGUCUUUUAGCCACUACACAUUGCCAAAUCAAUAAUCAAAAAAAUAAUCAUCCCAAAAGGAACUUUAUAAAAAUUAGUAUAUAAAUUAUCAAAAAGCCUAUUUUUAUUAAUGCAUAAAAGCAGAAUCUUGUUUCAUGUAUGUCGAAUCAAAGUUUAAAUUUUGCCAUUUUGUGAAUUUAAAGGAAAAUCUGCUUUAUCAAAUGCUACAUUAGAAAAAAACAAAAACCUGAAACAAAAUCAUGCUGAUAGAAUAACUGCUGUGAAGAAUGUUACAUGAAAAGUCUGCAGGCCAGUCUGGAAAUUGUGAAGACCUAUAUGGGGUUGCUGUUAUUUUUUAAUGUCUUCUUUUUGUCCAGACCUAUGAUUUCUUGGCUAUUUCGCAUGGAAGUCCUAGUGAGGAAAGUCUCUUCUAAUAACGAAGGCUGAGAAUUGUUUUGAAACUUAGUGCCUGCGACACUGAGAAAUUAAACAUCUCUGGAGAUUCAAGACUGUCUCCAUCCACUUCGCCAUCUAGUGGGCUGCCCUGUGGCAUCAUUAUGAUGCAAUGAAUGAUUCAAAAUUGUGAUUUUCAUGCUAGAGUAAACACAAGUGGGAUUGGUAGAAAGCAAUGUCCCUCUGCUCAAUUUCAUAUUGCUGAAUUUCUACCAUGUCCUUUCAUGGGAUGAUUAACAAUCUAGUAAGGGAGGAUCAUAUUUACAAUUCAAAGUCCUGUUUUUUACAUUUUCUGUCAUAAACAGUAUUUCACAGUAUUCAACAGCUGCUAAAUCACACAUAGAUGUACCUGCUCCUUUCUUGGGCCAAAAAAGGCUGAUUUGGUCUCAGCAAAUGGCAAAACUUAUUGUAUUUAAUUAAUCUUUAUCUUCUACAAUUUUUUUCUCUACCUUCUCCAUUUAAGGGAAAUGCCAACUUAAUGUACUAAUAUUUCUCUCUUACCAGAGCAAUGUUAAUAGCAACAGCCCUAAAUCUUUGAAGGCUUGGUAUGAUGAGUAGUUGUACAUUCUGAAGACGUUUUAGGACUGCUGGGUAACCAACUUUUCUAAAGUAUUUGUAUUAGCUUAGGGAGUUUUUUUUUUACUGUUCACUAAUUUGGAAAGAGAAAGAUUGGCAAUCUCAUGUAAAAAAUGGUGGGUAAUGUUGAGCCCUGCCCAACUCUUGGUAACCCAUAUCGGAUUUUCUUGGCAAAGACAUUUAUCUGUCACGGCCUUCUUCAGUUCACUUUAUAGAUUAAGGCACCUAAGGCAAAAAGGAUUAAGAGACUUGCCCAGGGUCACACAGCUAGGAAAGUGUCUGAGGACAGAUUUGAACUCAAGGAGUCUUCCCAACUCCUCCAUUGCCUAAAUGCUGUGAUAUGUUAGUCAGUAGUCAUAUGUUGACAGAUUCAGUACAGGUAUAUUUAAAAUUAUUUAUGUGAGGAAGAGGAAUUUUUUUUUUUACAUUAAACAAUGAGAACCUGAUUUUUCUUUUCCAAUGGAUUGAAAAAUGAAACAUAUAACUGGCAUUGAUACAAUUCUGGCUAGUAAUUUAGUUAUUAAACAAUAGAAAGUCUACCAUCCUCUGUCCCUUUGUAGGUAGCAGAAAGUAGAAUGCUAUUAAUUUUACAUCACUAUUUCCAUCAAAGUAUCCUUAAUUUUACUUUUAUUUCCAUAGGAAAAAAUGAGGAACCCAUGUAUAAAAGGUAAAAAUCUUCAUUACUGUUUUUUGGGAGGUGGAGAUGGAGGGAAAUAACUUUGUUUGAAAUUUAAAAUUUUCAUUUCCAUUACAGUUUCAAUAACAUAUUACAAAAUUAAUCCCACCUGCUUGAAAUGGCAUUUCAAAUAUAAGUAUUCUUAAUUAUCGUUUCAGAGUAGGGGAAUGAAUUUUCCAAAUUCGACCACCCUAAAUUUCAUGGUUAGAGGAUAUUAGGUUUAUCUGUACUACAGUGGGGAAAAGUACAUUUUCUGUUAGCAGUAGGUCUGGGUUCAAAUCCUGCCUCUGACAUUACCUGUGAGACCAUGGGCAAAUAACUACCGACCUUUCUGGAAUUCAUCUUCAUUUGCAAAAUGAUAGGUUUAGUCUCUGAAGUCCCUUCUAGCCCUAAACCUUGGACUCAAUUGGAAUCUUUCCACACUGGAUUAAUAAGCCUGUCCAAGUGCCUAAAUAGUGAUGUGACAAAAGGAAAUAAUCCAAAGGCAAAAGCUCAGCAAUUCAGACUUUCAAUGAAGUUAUUUCAUAGUUGUCUCUUCCUAAUUGUCCUGUUAAAACUUAAGUUCUUCUAUAGUUAUAUAUUCUUGAAAAAAAUUUGCAAAAAGAGGCAACAAGUCUUUGUUCUCACACAUUUGCUAUCCUGCAUGCCUGAAAUGUCUCCCCACUCACUGCUAUACUCAUAGAAAAUUUCUUUUAAAACUGCUGCAAACUUUAUAGUGCUACUUAUUGUAUAUUUUCAGUUUCAGUCUUCUUCAGUUGUGUUGUAAUUCUUAAAGCAUAAGUUAUUGGUCAAUUAAAUCUGACACAAUAUAAUAAAUGUGAUUACUUAUGAACAGAGAUCAAUGAAAUGAAUAGGAUUAGAAAGAAAAAUGACUCAUUUAAUUGAAUAUUUGGUUUAAGAAUGGAAAGGUCAAAGGAUCUAGUUCAGGAAUAAUUUUUAAUCUCCCAAUUAUCCUUUAUUUUGCCUGUCUUUUGCUAAUAAUUAGCAUGAUAUGGUAGCAUAGCUGUAGUAAAAAUGUUUGUGGUUGCUUUCAAGUAAAAUAUUAAUAUUUAUAAAACACUAAACAUCAUUUAGAUAUGACAGAACAGAUGCUUAAUUUGUGAUUUUUAAUAAAGAACAUUCAAAUUGUACUAAAAUUAAA